UAAAACACGACACUCGUUUGUUUCUCAUGCUUCCCAUUUUAUCCGCCUCAACCACUCAGAUCCUCUCUCUCUCCCUGUUUUCGUUUCACAGUUCUUUUUCUCUCUCCUCCAAUUCACUUUUCUGGUUUUCAAUUCAUCGCGCAAAAUUUCAAAAUCAGCAUUUAAAUUUGUAUUACGAAAUCAAAAUUUCAUCCAGUUUCCCCCAAUUUGUUAGUAGAUUUUAUCACCCCCACUUUAUUGGAAUUUCUGAGAAUCUGAUUGCAUGUUUUGUUUGGGUUUAUAUUUGAUUUGACGAUUUCAAUUAGGGUUUCUCUGUGAAAUUCGAUGUUGUUCUUCAACUUUUGAGCAAUUGGAAAACCGUGGAGAUUUUUCUGCAGAUAUUGUUAAUAAUUUUAACAAUAUUGGGAUUUUCCGAGGUUUUUGGUGGGAGAAAUUAGGGUUUUUGGAUUUAAAUUUACAGUUUUUUUCGAAUUUGAUGAGUCCAGUAGAGAGAUGAUUGUUAAACAGCCAUCUAAUUUGGAUAUGCCAGAUCUAAGACGAUGUGAUUUUGACGAUUCUGGGGCUGAAGAAGAUGAUUAUGGUGUUUCUGUCCCCCCUAAGAAGCGAAGAAUUGUUAAAAAUAGCUAUGCUUCGAACGAUGGGUCAGUUCAAUUUGAGAAUGAUGCACCAAUGAGCUCAUCUUUCACUGAGGGUUCAUCAUUGGGUGAAGAAACUGAGUCUGAUUCGAAAAAUAACUCUAGGAAUAAACGGAAAACGUCGAGAGGGCGAGUUCCGGUAUUGCCUUCUAGGUUUAAUGAUUCUGUUAUUGCAUCAAGGAAGGAUAGUAAGUCCAAAUUUGCUGAUAUUGAGUCAGGUUUGCACGAAGUUUAUCUGAAAAGACGGGAUGAUAAGAAGAAUAAACAACCAGGUUCGAAUUUUAGUGGAUAUUUGGUUAAAAAAGAGUUCAAGGAGGAGAAAUUGAACUUGCCAAGUUAUAAGUACCAUCCUUAUUGCCAGGACACAGAAGAGGAUGAGAUGAUGGAUGAUUUCAUGUAUAGUAAACCUUCAAUAAAUGCAUGGAAUUCCUCGGGAUUUGUAUCAAAUAACGAGUACAUGCCGGUGGCUCGAUCUCUUUCGAGUGAGAAGGGUGUGGGGAGAGGUUCCAGGACGAAGGUGAAACAGAAGAAAGUGGUAUAUGGACCAGAGGACUUUGCUUUGGGUGAUAUAGUAUGGGCAAAAUCAGGGAAGAGGUAUCCUGCUUGGCCUGCUAUUGUAAUUGAUCCAAUGUUGCAAGCACCGGAGUCGGUUUUGAGGUCGUGUAUUCCAGGUGCUAUUUGUGUUAUGUACUUUGGUUAUUCCAAGAAUGGGAAACAAAGGGAUUAUUCGUGGCUUAGAGGUGGAAUGAUUUUCCCAUUUCUAGAUUACCUAGACAGAUUUCAGGGGCAGGCUGAUUUGCAUAAGAGCAAGCCGAGUGAUUUCAGAAUGGCCAUCGAGGAGGCCCUUUUGGCCGAGCAAGGGUUUAUGGAUGAGCAGUUGGGAAUGGUAACAACAUCACUUUAUGAUGGCAACCCUCAGGGAUUUCACGAGGCUACUGGCUCCAACCAGUUUCGAGAAUGCCUUUCUCAAAGCCAGAUUGUUGUUCAGGAUAUUUUUGAGAAGAAAAGAGAUACACGCCCUUGCAGUGGAUGUGGGUUGGUUCUAUCGUACAAAUCCUUUAUCUCUCAUGGAGGGCGACCGCUGUGUAAACAUUGUGUCAAGUUACUGAAGUCAAAGCAGUAUUGUGGUGUGUGUAAGAAAAUCUGGCACCACUCUGAUGGUGGAAGUUGGGUUUGUUGUGAUGGCUGUGAUGUCUGGGUGCAUGCUGAGUGUGCUGAAAUCUGUGGCAAAAAUCUCAAGGAUUUGGAAGAGGCUGAGUAUUACUGCCCUGCUUGCAAGCCAAAGUUUGCAUUUGACCAAUCAUACUCAGUAGUUCUACCUGAAGUCAAACAAACAACGCCGCCCAGGGAGGUAACGGUUGUGUGCAAUGGUAUGGAAGCAUCAUAUAUCCCAAGCCUUCACUUGGUUGUGUGUAAGUGUGGUAGAUGUGGGACAAGGAAGCAGUCAUUAAGUGAAUGGGAAAAGCACACUGGUUGUAGAGCCAAGAAAUGGAAGUAUAGUGUCAAAGUCAAAGGCUCAAUGAUCGCCUUGCAUCAAUGGCUCACAGAUUUUGGAGCAAGUGCUUGUGAUACUCAAAAGCUGGACAAGUCAAAGUUAUUUGGCUUGUUAAAAGAAAAAUAUGAGCCAGUAUAUGCAAAAUGGACAUCUGAACGAUGUGCCGUAUGUCGGUGGGUUGAAGAUUGGGACUACAAUAAAAUAAUAAUUUGCAACAGGUGUCAAAUUGCUGUUCACCAAGAAUGCUAUGGAGCCAGUCAUGUUCAUGAUUUCACAACUUGGGUCUGCAGAGCUUGUGAAAUUCCUGAUGUUACGAGGGAGUGUUGCCUCUGUCCUGUUAAAGGAGGUGCUCUGAAGCCUACUGACGUUGACACAUUAUGGGUUCAUGUCACGUGUGCUUGGUUUCAACCUGAUGUUGGUUUCCUAGAUCAUGAAAGUAUGGAACCAGCAAGGGGGAUCUUGAGACUUCCUAUGAAUUCAUUUAUAAAGAAAUGUGUAGUAUGUAAGCAGAUUCAUGGAUCCUGCAUUCAAUGCUGCAAAUGUGCUACCUAUUAUCAUGCAACAUGUGCUGCAAGGGCGGGAUAUUGUUUGGAAUUACACUGUAUGGAGGAAAAGGGAGUACAAGUAACAAGAAAAACGUCAUACUGUGCUGCUCAUAGGAACCCUAAUCCAGAUGCUGUAUUAGUUGUGCAAACUCCAGAAGGGCCUUUAUUCUCUACCAGAUUAUUAAUUCAAGACCAAAAGCAAGAGCAAAACUUAAAAGGUUCACGGCUCAUUUCUAAAAGAAUUGAACUUCCUGACCCCAUGCCUUCAACUCCUGAUGCAUUUGAUUCCCUGUCUUCUGCAAGGUGCCGGAUAUAUUCUAGGUCCAAGAAUAAGAAAGCGGGUGUAGAGCCAAUAUUCCAUCGAUUAAUGGGGCCAAUCCAUCAUGAUAUAUCUAAGAUUGAUAGUUUGAAUUCUUUCAAGGAGGGUAACCACUCAAAACAGUUCUCUUCCUUCAAGGAGCGCCUUUGUCAAUUGCAGAAAACAGAAAAUCAGCGGGUUUGUUUUGGGAAAUCUGGAAUACAUGGAUGGGGCCUCUUUGCACGUCGGAGUAUUCAAGAAGGAGAAAUGGUCCUGGAGUAUCGUGGAGAACAGGUGAGGCGCAGUAUUGCUGACUUAAGAGAGGCACAAUAUCGCGUUGGAGGAAAAGAUUGCUAUCUGUUUAAGAUCAGCGAGGAUGUAGUAAUUGAUGCUACAAACAAAGGAAACAUUGCUCGCCUAAUCAACCACUCUUGCCUGCCCAACUGCUAUGCUAGGAUUAUGAGCAUGGGUAAUGAGGAAAGCCGGAUUGUUCUUAUUGCCAAGACUAACGUCUCUGCUGGUGCUGAGCUCACUUACGAUUACUUGUUUGAUCCUGAUGAACGUGAUGAGUCAAAAGUCCCUUGCCUUUGCAGAGCUCCCAAUUGCCGCAAAUUCAUGAACUAAACACCAAAUUUUUGCCAUUCACAAGAUUCGGAGAACUAACUAGGAGUUUUACAGGCUUAGAUAGAGUUAAACGAACUGACCAAUAUGCUAACUUACGGAAGAAUCUUUACUUCUAAUAUAGAAGUUUACUCACCCCCUCACCUUUUGCAUCUUCUCUUGUGACAAAUAUUACUGUAAAUAUACCCCCACUUGUUCCGGCUAUGGCUGGUGAUGAUUUUGUAUACGAGUUCAUUCUUCAUAUGUAAUUUAUAUCAAUUAAUGAUUUUCUAGUCAUUUUUUUUGGCAAUAUGCCAGUCUCAUAUCAUAAUUUGUAUAAAUGCACAAACAGACUGAAUUCCUUUAUUCCUUUAUUUAUUUACUUGUACUACGGUUUCUGUA